AUGUCGUUCCGGCAACAGUUCCAGCAGGGAGGCAAUCCCAAUGGACAGAUGGGCUUCAACAACAUGAACAUGAGCCCAAACAUGAACAACGCGAAAAUCGGAGGCAUGGAUAUGGGAGCGCAGAUGGGCCAGAUGGGCCAGAUGGGCCAGAUGCCACAGAUGGCUCAGAUGGGCCAAAUGGGCCAGAUGGGAGGCAUGCCGCAAAUGGGCGGACCCAUGGGUGGCCAGAUGAACGGCAUGAACAUGGGUGGCAUGUCCGGAGCAGGUGGCAUGCCCAAUGUCGGAGGGAUGCCCAACAUGGCAGGAAUGCCCAACAUGGGUCAGGGUAUGAACAUGGGCCAAGGAAUGAACCCCCAAGUUGGUCGAGGUGGACCCAUGGGACCUCAGGGUAUGAUGGGCCAGCAGGGCAUGGGCGGCAUGCAGCAGGGUGGCCAGGUGCAGAUGGGUGGAGGACCACAGAUGCAACCCCCUCAGCGUCAGCCACAGCCACAGCAGCAGCAGCAGCAGCAGCAACAGCAGCAGCAGCAUCACCACCAACAACAGCAGCAGCAGGUGCCUAUGCCGCAAUCGCAGCUCAUCCCUCAGCAAGGAGGCAUCCCCGUCAUGGCUGGAGGUCAACCCCAAAAGAACUUUGAUUUCCCCCCACCAGGCCAGACCAUGAUGCAGCCCGGCCUCACUGUCCCUCCCGUGCAGUCACAUCUGGGUCUUGUGAGUUCCGAUGACGCCCGACAACAGGAGACACCUCUCGUGAACCCUCCCUCGGCUGCCGAGUCGCUCGCCGAGAUGCCCACGCUGUUCAACGGCCAGGGAAUUACUGAUCUCACAGAGAUUAUGAAAAACAAACGUGACCCCAAGACCGCCCAAGAACUCAACCUGCGUCGUUUUGUAUCCAAGGAUCUCAACGAGUCCUCCACGCUGCCCAAAAAGCUCAAGCAGGAGGCCGACAAGCUCAACGCCAAGCGAUAUGAGAUCUCUUUCUACCACUCGUUUGGUCCCAUUCGUUCGCAGGAGCCCCAGUCCAUUUUUCAAGACGGAUACCUCGGCUAUGGCAAUGGUUGGACAGGUCUCAACACACGGUUCGUGUACCCCCGUGACCGAAAGAAACACAACCGAAACACCCGGGACCUGGUGCUGUCGCGUCAGCAGAUGAACCAGCAGGCGGCAGAACCGGAACUGCUGGUGCCCAUUCGUCUUGACUUCGAUCUCGGACGACUUCGACUUAGAGACACCUUCAUGUGGAACCUUAACGAGAAGACAUAUCCCGUGCACUUUUUCGUGGAGAACAUGUUCGAGGACUUCCACUUCCCCCACCAGUACAUUCAGUCGGUCACAAACUCCAUCACUGAACAGCUGCAGGAUUUCCAGCCGCAUCAGUACCCCCAGGACCCUCGACACGUGAUUGGCAACGGAGAUGCGACCCGAAACGAAGACAUGCGAGUUGUGGUGCGCCUGGAUAUCACAGUUGGUCAGCACAAUCUAAUUGACCAGUUUGAGUGGGACAUCAACGAUUCUCUCAACUCCCCAGAAGAGUUUGCUGCCACCAUGUGUGCCGAGCUGUCUCUGUCUGGAGAGUUUGCUACUGCUAUUGCCCAUGCCAUCCAUGAGCAGACACAGGUCUUUUCAAAGUCGCUGUUGCUUCUUGGCCACACCUUUGAUCAGCGACCUGUGGAUGACGAGGACAUUCGACGUGAGAUUUGCGCUCCCAUACCCGAUGGAUCCGUCAUGAGACCCAAGAACUCGGUCAACGAGUACUCUCCUGCGCUGUUUGAGAUUUCUGAGGCCGAGCUGAGUCGUCUGGAUAAGGACAAGGACCGAGACUCUCGUCAGAAACGUCGACAGGGACGAGCCGGCAGACGAGGCGCACCUUCUCUGCCCGAUUUCAAGAAGGUUGUCCGAACGUUCCGAACUCCCGUUUACUCCGCUGUGCUUCCUGGAGCUGUCGACCGAAAGGUGGAGUUGGCUAAACAGGCACUUCAGGCAGAGGAGGAGGAAGAGGAAGAGGACAGUGAUGGAAACGUUGUGGUGCGGCCUGCCAAGCGACAGCGAACCACCGGUAGACAUGUUCCAGUGCGAGCUGCUGCUGCUAAUGCCGCUGUGGCUGUGGCUGCACAGAGCCAGGAGCUGGAAACCAACUAUGUGGAGGAGCUGGCGGAUCCUACUUCAUUCUGGGUCACUCUGAAGGUGCCCCCACAGCAGCUUGCGCGGCUGAUGAUGAUUCCUCGGUUUGGAUAA